CGUGAAAUUAUGUCUGAAUACUGGAAAGACCAUGCCCAGAAAGCUUCCAUUCAGACGAUGAUGUUAGACUCCAAUGCUGAAGAGUUGUCAAAAGAUGAAGUACCAGAAAUCAUGUCCUAUUUACCAGACGUUGCUAAUAAAAGAAUGGUGGAACUUGGUGCUGGAAUCGGUCGCUUUACAAAUGUCUUAGCCCAGAAAGCUGAACAUGUUGUGGCCGUUGAUUUUAUGGAAGAAUUUAUUGAAAAAAAUAAGAAACUGAACAACCAUAUGCGCAAUAUAGACUUCAAGUGCCAGGAUGUCACUAAAAUGGAAUUGCCAGAUGCCAGUGUAGAUAUAGUGUUUUCAAACUGGUUGUUUAUGUAUUUAGAAGAUGACGAGGUCCAACUUGUUUACAAUAAAAUGUUACGUUGGUUAAAAGAAGGUGGUCAUGUGUUUAUCAGAGAGUCGUGCAAUAGACAGUCAGGUAACAAACCAAGACAAAACAAUCCAACAAACUAUAGAGAAGACAUUAAAUAUGAUGCUAUGUUCUCGGCAGCUAAUAUUCCAUAUGACGAAACACACAAUUAUGGUUUUGAUUUAGUUUUUUCAACAGCAGUUGUUACCUACAUUAAGCACAAGAAUAACAAAGACCAAAGAGUGUGGCUACUGCAGAAAGUCAAACGUGAUAAAGCGGAAAACCAUGGUUUCAAGACAUUCCAAGAAUUCCUAGAUAGCCAGCAAUAUUCCAAAAAUAGUAUUCUGAGGUACGAAAAGGUAUUCGGUCGUACUUUCGUUAGUACCGGUGGCUUAUCAACAACCAAAGACUUUGUUAAAUUGUUAGAUUUAAAACCUGGUCAACGAGUUUUAGAUGUUGGAGGGGGAAUUGGUGGAAGUGCUUUCUACAUGGUUCAGAAUUAUGGUGUAAAAGUGGUAUCCAUAGAUUUAUCAUCUAAUAUGACCAGUAUAGGGUACGAAAGAGCGGAAGAAUUAGGUAUUCCACCCGAUCAUGUUGUCUUUGAAAUAGCUGACGCCACUAAAAGAGAUUAUCCAGACAAUAGUUUCGAUGCUAUUUACAGUCGGGAUGCGAUUCUACAUAUCAAAGAAAAGCUCGAGUUAUUCCAACGAUUUUAUAAAUGGUUGAAACCCGGUGGUAAAAUUUUGAUAUCUGAUUAUUGCUGCAAAGAAGGUGAUCAUUCUGAAGAGUUUAAAGCCUAUGUUAAACAGCGGGGAUAUAAUUUGUUAAAUCCUAGCCAAUAUGGAAAGGUACUAGAAAAGGCAGGUCUGGUAAACGUUAAGGCUGAAGAUAAGACUGUGCUUUUUGGUGAAAUUUUAAGAAGUGAACUAGAACGAACAUUGAGUAUAAAAGAUGAAUUCAUAGAGGAAUUUGGUGAGAAGAAUUAUAAUGAUAUUGUGGAGGGUUGGACAGAUAAGGUCAAAAGAGUUGGUAAAGGCGAUGGAGAUCAACGAUGGGGAUUGUUCUAUGCAGAAAAACCAAGACACUAG